UAUGUUGAAGAAAUUAGGUGUCUCUCUUUGGGAAGUCGAGUUUUAAAAAGCUCGGGCAGACCAUGAUAUGACGACUUCACUGAUCUUGCAUCCACGCUGGGCGGAUACCUUCAUGUACGUGUAUGAGGAGAACCCGAAUGAAAAUAGCCAGAAUAAAAUCCCAGCCAUGGAAGGGCUCAGUGGGAACUGCCCAGCGAGCCACUGCAGGGAUUUAAUCUCUCACCCGGUAUUGGGUCGUCAUUCCAGCAGCAUUGGGACACACCAGGGUUCGGUCUACACGGAUAUACCUGCUCCAGAUGCCGCCAGGCAGUGCCCCGCUCCGCCAGCCUCGUCCAACGCCACCCUGGGCUACGGCUACCCUUUUGGAGGCAGCUACUACGGAUGCCGAUUGUCCCAUUCCCACAACGUGAACUUACAACAGAAGCCUUGUUCUUACCACCCGGCCGAAAAAUACCCCGAGCCCAGCGGCUCCCUCCCCAGCGAAGAACUAUCCUCGAGGGCCAAAGAGUUUGCUUUUUACCCGAGCUUUGCCAGCUCCUACCAGGCGGUCCCUGGUUAUUUGGACGUAUCCGUGGUCCCGGGGAUCAGUGGGCACCCUGAGCCAAGACACGACGCCCUGCUUCCCAUGGAAGGAUACCAGCACUGGGCUCUGUCCAACGGUUGGGACGGGCAGGUCUACUGCUCGAAAGAGCAGUCGCAGUCGACCCACCUCUGGAAGUCACCUUUCCCAGAUGUGGUCCCUCUUCAGCCCGAAGUGAGCAGCUACCGUAGGGGCCGAAAGAAACGUGUCCCCUACACGAAAAUCCAGCUGAAAGAAUUAGAAAAGGAGUACGCCGCCAGCAAGUUCAUUACCAAAGAGAAGCGGAGACGGAUUUCGGCGACCACUAACCUCUCCGAGCGCCAGGUUACCAUUUGGUUCCAGAACCGCAGGGUCAAAGAGAAAAAGGUGGUUAGCAAAUCUAAGACACCUCACCUUCACGCGACCUGACAAAGGGAUCCUUCGGGAGGAUCGGAAAACAUACGCAUACACACACAAGGGGGAGAGGUGGGGAAAGCCAAGCAAGAAAGGCAAAUAUUUAUCUGAGAAAAUUUGUAUAAAGAAGAACAUGCAUUCGAACUCUUGGAUGAUUUGAUUAUUUAAAAAAAACAAAAACCUAGGGGAGCAAAAAAUGAUAAUAAUAAUUAACAGCCAUCUUUGGCUUAUUCUUUCUGUCCAUAUACUGCCGUCUUUAACUGUGAAUCGGGUCGUCCUUCUGAACCAUCCAUUUUUGAUAUUACAGUACCCUUUCAAUGAGGAAGAGAGAGCGAGAGACAGAGACAUAAGGAGGUAGAUUUGUUACCUGGGGAUCCAGAAGGUUCUUUUUCUAGAACUGUCCCCCACCCCACCCUCUCCCCUUACCACCGAUCAAAGGUUGCCCCAUUCUUUGGUUGUUUCUAUUGUAAAAAUAUUAUAUAAUAUAUAUAAAUAUAUAUAUGAAGAACAUAUUCACAGCAGUUCCAAUAAAGAUUCCCUAGAUUUCCUUUCGUUUCUUGACGGUGGACCUUUAAGGGGGGGGGGGAGGAAAAUAAUGAGAAACGAGGCUGCUAUCGUGAGAUUUCCGUCGUUGUUGUCGUCGUUUUCUUGUGUGUUUUUUUAAGCACACUGUCCAAUAAUUUUGUCAGCCUUCGGUUUAAGGGGGACUGGCGGUGUGAUUCCAAAGGCAGGAUCCAGCCAAAGAUCUUCCGAAUCCACUGGGUUUCGGUUGGGAGAGGAUCAGGCUAUGCGCUUAACUCUUCCGUUGACAGAAAUAGGAUUUAACCUUGCUUAACUCUGGGUGGAUCGUGCCCCUGUAUUUUUUUUAAAAAAACUAGUCUUGUUUUUGUUUUCUGGAAUAUGUUCUCACUGGGGUUGCUUUGUCGUUAUUAUUGUUCUUUGUUUUGUUUUCCUGCCGUAGAACUGGAAUGUUUAUUCUCCAUCGACAGUAUGGAAAGUGCUCAAUAUUCUGUUUAUUUUUUUUCUAUACCAUUAAGAACAGUGAGUGUUCUUUCGCCAUGUUAAAGAGAUCCAUUUUUCUAAGAAAAAAGGGGGGGAAAGUGUCCUGUAUAUGUAUAUAAUGUGGUGUCCGAAUGAUAUGUACUGAAUGCAGAAUACAUUUCUUAAAAA